UCGUCGCUUAGCAACAUUUCAAACUUUCCUCAGUCAUUGCUAGCAAAACAAGUCAGACUUAGUCAUUGUUUAUCAUUCUUGCUGAAUAAAGUUAACGUUAUCUUUCGCAGCGAGCGAUAACUGAAUGGAAAAGGAAUAGCUCAUGAAACAAUGUCGAAGCAGCCAGCAAAGAAAAAGGAGUCUUCAUCCAGUCGCGUCCCUUCAUCGCAAGGACAGUCGCCCACUAAAGAGGUCUCCUCAUUAGUGGUCAGUGCAUCAGAGGGCCCAGGGGAGCUGAAGAGGAGCCGCUUCCCUAUCUGGCCUGAAUGGAAUGAGGCUGAGGUCAGUGCAGAGAAAUGGGACGCAGCCAAAGGGGCAAAGGAUGGAAAAGCCGGGAAGAGUCCACUCAGUCAAUUCUUUGAGGACCCAGAGGGGAAGGUUGAGCUCCCAGCAUCUUUAAAAGUUCACACCUGGAAACGCCCUUCAGAGCACAUAGUAAACAAGGCUCCUGUGGUGGUGGAGAAUGAAUCAACCUUUGAUCUCACUUCAGCUAAUGAGCAUUUACUCUCAAGUGAGCUCAUGCGCUGGAUCAUCAGUGAGAUCUACAUUGUGUGGAAAGUCUGCAAUGGAGCAGUGGGAAUGGCGAGUGAGGCUCCUAAUCCCUGGAGGCCAUGGGAACACAUCUAUUCCCUAUGUAAAGUGACGAAGGACCACGUGCCCCAAUACAAUAUCUAUGGGAAGUACGUGGUUAGACUCUACUGGAUGGGUUGCUGGAGGAAGAUCACUAUUGAUGACUCUUUGCCGUUUGAUGAGAAGAGCAAUCUGCUGCUUCCUGCUACCACUAACCAGUCAGAGCUCUGGCCUAUGCUAUUGACUAAAGCUAUCCUUAAGCUAGCCAGUACGGAUGUGGUGCCAAGCCCCAGGAGAGAGCUGGGAGAGUUCACUGUCAUCCACUGUCUGACCGGCUGGAUACCAGAGAUAAUACCCCUUCAAUCCCGAUAUGUGGGAAAAGUGUGGGAAUUCCUGAAGGAUGCCAUUCCGAGGUUUCAGGUCAUGGAGGAGAGCUCAGAGGAGAGAACCUCAUCGGCCGACUACACUGCUGCUAAAGACUCACAGGGCAGUGAACGUAACAUUGAGUCACCUACUCCGAGCAAGGAAAAUCACAAAGAGAAAAGGAAAAGCAAAGAUGGGGACAAAGACAGAAAGACCACCCAAUCCAAUGAACCAACCUCCACCCAGCCCAAUACUACCAGUCAACCCACAGCUGACAGCAGCAUGCCUCCUCCUGCUCCUCAGAUGGUAGUGUGUGCCAGUUACCAGCCGUUGCACCUGCAGGAGAAGAGGACCUCCGUGCUGGGCCAGAUGGCAGACUCGUCAGAGAGACUGCGGCAGUAUGGGCUCUCCCAGCUUUACAGUCACCCCGUGCUGCUCACACGAACCAGAGCCUGCCCCCUUGUGGCUGCCCCAAAAUCGCCCCCCUUGCCUCGCUGGAAACUUAUCCGCCCUCGAAAGGAGAGGAACAUCACUGACGAACCCAAGGAGACUCCAGUCCAGAAGCCUGAACAGUACAUAGAGGUGGCUAGUCCCUUCAUCAACUUCAAACUCAUGACCAUGGCUGGACCGCUUCAACAGGAUUCUCAACCAAAUGGCAACAGGAGGCGUGCACGUAGCUCUAAUCUGGCUUCAUUCAAUGAGACAGAGGAGAGCGAUGGUCCCAACCCCACCCAUCACGACAUCACAGACAACAGCCUCAACUCGCUGGAUGCUUUGGAAAGCACCGAGGUAACAACAAAGCACAAGAAGAAGGACGAAAUCAUCGCUCAAGAUGCUGAGUCGUUGCCAGUUCCUGACACAGAGAAAGAGAAAGCAGAAGAAAAGGAGAGAGUGCAGACAACUAAAAAGUCGAGUCCUGCCCCGCUGCAGUCCCAGGAGGUGUUUGUGCCGGAAAAGGCCAUGCUCCAGGAAACCUGGGUCCACCUGCAGGACUUUCCUAAGUGCUUCCAGACACUGCUUGUUUUUCACAAGCCAGACGCGUAUGCUCAUCACUUUCAGAAGUCACAGUUUAAGAGCACCAUUGCGUCUAGAGCGUCUGCCACUGCUCUGCCAAACACAGUAGGCUCGACCAACUUUGCAGCCUCAGGGAAACUGCCUGACGCUUCUGGAGCUACACAAAUGCAGGGUCCGGAUGAGAAGGGCUGUCACUUUCUGCUUGUGGAUAGCCUGUUACCUACAGAGAUUUUCAUCUGUUUCUCAGCACUGGUACACUGGGGAGACACCAUGAAUGAGAACAAGGAGUGUGUAUCCAGGCCUGGGAUUCUGACGGCUGAACCUUUCUCCUGGAAGAGCAUUGAAGCCCAGUUUCCUGAGAUUCAUAUCCAGACCACCGCCUGCAAAGCAGAGCUUCUUUCUCUGCCACCAGGACGUCACCUUUUUUGUAUCCACACGAGGGCACUGUUAGGUUUCCACCUACAGCUAUACAGCAUGACCUCUUUCGUGUUUGGUGAAGAGGACGUAGUGAUGCCCCACCUUGAUAAGGAGAGUUUGAGAUUCUGUGAGCAGGCUCUAUUGAUUCUUAAAGUUCUAGGUGGAGUGGUCAGCUCUUUCUCUGACCCACAAGAACUGCCAUCAGCCACCAGGGCGCUGGAGGAGGCCAUCUGCCUGCCAUCACACAGCAAAGUGGCAAACAGAGAGCACUGGAGGGUUUUUAAUGAAGCGGUGUGUCAUAUGUUCUGCUCCGUGCUGGGGCGUAAGUUAACCUCUGAAGAGAUGUUUGCAGUGCAGGCCCUGACUAGAGACCCUGCGCUCAAUUGCAGCAGCACAAAGGACACACAAGACACGCUUUCAACAGAUGGUGCUCCAGGGGGCUGGAUCGGUAGGCAGGCCACAGAGCAGGAGAAGCAGGCGGCCACCAUCCUGCAGGCUGGCUGGAAGGGCUACCUGGUGAGAGAAAUCAUCAGUGCUGCCAGACCAGGCUCUGAGGAGAAUCUGAAAGUUGCUCAGACUCUGCUGAAAAUGUGGGCUUCUGUGGAAUUGGAUGUCGAGAAACAUGCUGUGUCUUUACUGAGGUACAUGAUCAUUAAUAAUGAACGAACGAUGGAGUUAUUUCCUUGCAGAGAGGAUGAGUGGACCAGAAUAACCUUUGUUGACUACUCUGUUCCUGUCCCUGAUAUAUCCAACUCCUGGAUGCUGCUCUUUAGGGAGGUGUUCCAUGUUCCUAAAGCUAUGCUCCUGGUGGCUAAAAUAUACUCUCCCCUUCCUGCCUGCAUUCUGCAUGUCAUCGACAAUGAUACUGGAGAAGAAUUACCUAGAGUUUUCCAUAGAGUCGAGCCAUAUGUAUACACCCCGAAUAAGGCUGGCUACACGUUUUUGGCAGAGGCGCAUACUGGGGACAUGCCAGUAGUAGAUGGGAAGUGGCGACUGCGACUGAUUGGUUCCCGAGAGCCACUGCCCCAACUGGCCAGAGAGACACUGGCCACUAACUUCUCAGUGAAGGAGUUCAAAGAUUACUACAUCCCUAACGAGAAGAACAUUAUCUGCAGGCACACAGUGAACGUGUCAGGUGAUUGUAUAGCCACAGUGCAGUUCCAGACAUCAAAAGCGGAUGUCCAUAUUAAACUUAGCAUCCUGGACCACGAGAAAGAGGUGGCAAGCAAACGGGGCAAAGGUCAUGUCAUCAUCCCCGUCUACUGCUUUUCAGCAAGCAAUGACUCUUCCGGCAGUGCCGAUGAGCGUGCGGGGGCGCAGUGGUCUCAGGACGGCCCUGACGGGGGUCAGAGAGAAGGAGGAGCAGAAGGAAAGGCGGUGGGGAAUGAGGACUGUCCGCCCCCUGCCUCUGAGCAGUUUCCUGCCGAACCGGGUCACAAGUACAUUGUUCAGGCUGAGGUGCUUCACAAGAGCUGGCCUCUGGAUGACUCACUGUCAGGCUUUAUCCAGACCCUGAGAUAUAUGGAGCAAAAUGAGAUGAGAGUGGGCGGAGAAAAGCCAGAGGAUCUCGCCGCACCUACCAGCAGCGAGGCACAGAAAUUAGCCACGCCCAAAACCACCCGCAAGACCAAAGAGAAGGAGAAAGACAAAUCGACCUCCAAGCCAGGCUCCAGGAUGGAACAAAAUCUGGACGUGAGUAAGCCUCACUGGAUUCUCCGUGUGGUCACUGAGUUUUCGGAUAUGGAGGGGAUCAAGGUGAGAAAGGACACAGAGAGACUGGACCAAAUCAGAGCCAUCAAACUAGCCUGGGAGGCUGCUGAGCCAGGAAGAGCAGUUAAGGCUCUUCAGUCCCGCCUCCAGUUCAUUAACAAACAUCUGAGGACACUUGGAGAUGCAGCGGAAGGAGCCGAGACCAUUACUGCCGAGACAGGUGUUCAGUCUCAGUCCCCUUCCACUCCCUCCAGCUAUGAAGACAGUGUAACUGCUCACCAGAAAUACAAUUAUGUCAUGGACUACACACCUUUCAUCAGGAGGACUGGCAAGCAGGUUCGUCUGAAGGAUGCACUGAUAGAAGAGGAACAGAGAAAGGAACGUUCUGAGAGGAUCCAGAGCUUCCGCCUGCUCCGAGACACAGUGCUGGAACACCGCAAACAGGAGCUGAUCUCCCGCAGGGAGCUGAAGAGGAGACAGCUGGAGACUUACGAUGGCCUACAGGUGGCUCUAGCUGAGCAGAGGCAGAAGAUCCUGCAGGCUCGAGAGGCAUUCCGCUCCCGCCUCCUAGAGGAGGAGUCUCGGAAGAGAAAGGCAGAGUUAGCCCUGGAGACAGCCCGACAGGAUGAACUGGAGAAAAGCCAACCCCGGCAAACCCCAGCAACAGCACGCAAGAGUGGAGGCAAGAAGAAGUGAACUGAUUGGCUAGAACCUUGCAGCAAUUAAAUUAGUCAUCUAUGACAAUGUGGUAGGAUGUGGUAGAUACACUAAUUUAGUGCAUCAAUUAAAUUAAAAUCAAAACAUUUGUUUAUAAAAAGCUUUCUUUACCAUGUUUGGCUUACAAACUCUGCGUGAAUUGAAAUUAGUUGGCUAGUUCUACCAGCAUAUUCAAUGCAUUAGGUUUUAAGGAGAACCUUUGGGUUUAAAUUUCAGUGGCACAUUUUCUAAGCACAGAAUAAUCUUAGGAUUUUGAGAGAUAUUUGCUGGAGAAUUUGUCUAUGUUGCAAAGUGCUUAGAUUUUAGAAUAUUGUCAAAUUGGAGGUAUUAAAAUUUGGUGAAAUGGGGUUUAGGGACAAAUAUCCAGUAUUUAAUGUGGAGAUACAUAAACAGUAAUCCUUUAGUCUAGGUUACUUAAUGUAUUGGGUUUACCAUUGCAUUUGAACAUCUGUAACAGAAAAAAACCUGUACUGUUAUCUGAUUUUCUUGUUGGAAGUGUGAAAAGUGUCAUUAAAUACUUUAUAA